ACGCAUGCGCAGUUCGCACGUAGGUGCCAAGAACAGGAAGCGAACAAUCUCGGUCGACUCCGAUGCUUCUGUUCCCUUCUUUUUGUAAACGAUACUGGCAGCGCUCGACACUUUUGAGUAGUUAAAACGCAUGCAAGAGAGACAGCUAUCGCGAAACCUAAACUUUAUGGUUAACUAACCAUAUCAGUUCAGAGGUCUUGGCCGUGUGCUUCAGUGCGAGGCAAGGGCGUGUUUGAAUCUCAAGCGGUGGGAGAGACAGACUACCUCCUCCUCCUCCUCAUCAUCAUCAUCAUCAGUGGAUGCUAGCUCGGUAGCUCUUGCAUGUUGUUGCAUGCGUAGUUGAAGUUGAGUUUCUGCAUUUUUGUUAUUCAGUCGGAGGUCAGGUUAGAAGAAGAUGGGGUGUACUUUGAGCACGGACGACAAGGCGGCGCAGGAGCGGAGCAAGAUGAUCGACAGAAAUUUGCGAGACGACGGAGAAAAGGCUGCCCGGGAGGUCAAGCUGCUGCUGCUCGGUGCUGGAGAGUCUGGGAAAAGUACAAUUGUUAAACAGAUGAAGAUCAUCCACGAAGCAGGCUACUCAGAGGAAGAGUGUAAGCAGUACAAGGCAGUGGUCUACAGCAACACCAUCCAGUCCAUUAUCGCUAUCAUCAGAGCUAUGGGACGCCUCAAGAUCGACUUUGCUGAUCCAGCCAGAGCGGAUGAUGCACGGCAGCUGUUCGUGCUGGCGGGUUCAGCGGAAGAGGGCUUUAUGACAGGCGAGCUCGCCGGGGUCAUCCAGCGGCUGUGGAAAGAUGGAGGAGUUCAGGCCUGCUUCAGCCGCUCUCGAGAGUACCAACUCAACGACUCUGCAGCAUAUUACCUGAAUGACUUGGACAGGAUAUCCCACGGGGCUUAUGUGCCCACCCAACAGGAUGUGCUGAGGACCAGAGUCAAAACCACUGGUAUUGUGGAAACACACUUCACUUUCAAGGACCUGCACUUCAAAAUGUUCGAUGUAGGCGGCCAGAGAUCAGAGAGGAAGAAGUGGAUUCAUUGUUUCGAGGGAGUCACCGCCAUCAUCUUCUGUGUGGCUCUCAGUGACUACGACUUGGUGCUGGCUGAGGAUGAGGAGAUGAAUCGAAUGCACGAGAGCAUGAAGCUGUUCGACUCCAUCUGCAACAACAAGUGGUUCACAGAUACUUCCAUCAUCCUCUUCCUCAACAAGAAAGACCUGUUUGAGGAAAAGAUCAAAAAGAGCCCUCUCACCAUCUGCUACCCAGAAUAUGCAGGAUCCAACAGCUACGAGGAGGCAGCAGCUUACAUUCAGUGCCAGUUUGAGGACCUGAACAAGAGGAAGGACACAAAGGAGAUCUACACCCACUUCACCUGUGCCACCGACACCAAGAACGUGCAGUUUGUGUUCGAUGCCGUCACUGACGUCAUCAUCAAGAACAACCUGAAGGACUGUGGCCUUUUCUAAAGGCAGCCCGGUGGCCGGCUUUUCAAGUGACUUUAUUCAAGGGGACUCAGACUGGAGGGAACUUCAUGGACCCUGCUGAGAAUGUCACUUUUAACCUCUUAUUAAUUUAUGUUCAUCUCUAAAAGUUUUAAAGACGGUGUGUAGAAAAAACAUUUUGUGUAAAGUAUUUGUACAACUGUCUAUGUCCGGGGGAUUUUUCACAGUUUUUAAAAUUGGUUUGUUUUACCUUAUUUUACAUUUUUAUAUACAAAAGGGGGCUUGACUUUUUUUGUCCAUGAAUGAACAUUUUUUGUCUUUUGUUUGUAGAUGCUUGUGCCUUGCAUGCUUUAGUUGCAGUGUUUUCUUUUUGUUGAAUUAGAGGUUCAUGUAAGCUUAUGUAGCUGUUACUCCACCCCAUCCUGCCCUCUUUUUUUUUUGUUUUUUUCCCUGAUUACUUUAUUGCCUCAUCAUUUUUGCCUACUUGGACAAACCAAGCAAGACCAAGUCACUCUGGAGACCAAUUCACUCUGAUUCUGACAUACUGUGAUAGCUGAGUGUAAGCCUUUUUGGAUGUGAGGUUUGCACGUGUGCUGCGAGUGGGAGCUUUUGUUUCGAUUGAGGCCAAAAGCUGGUGUGAGUGAUUUCACGUUGUGUGUUCGUAUGAAUGUGUGCACAAUAUUAAACAAAGGGACUUUAUUCCUCUACUUGUCAUCCUCUUUCAAAGUUUUAUUUUUCUAAAUGACCAAAAAAAAAAAAAGAAAAGAAGCUACUCUGUCUAAUUAAUGAGCGCAUGUUACUCCAAACGGUGACAUUUCUGAUUGAAUCAUGAAGCAAAGAGAAGCUUUGAAAAGAGGAUGCCAAUGGCGGCCUUGUAGCAGACAGUAGGACCAUAUGUAGGUCUGUGUCCAGUGCAUAGACAGAUGGACAGGUGGAAAGGAGUACAAAUGCACUGUUAUUGAUCAUGAUUUGUGAUGGUUUAAAGUUACAUAUCCCCCCUGGACCCCAGCCCUCUGUUUCCAUUGGACGGGCACAUUAGUGGACUAAUCUCCAUGAUUUUGCUAAUAAAAGAGCUGCUUUGGUAAAACCAUGGCAACUUAUGCAAUAAA